UGUUCAAGUGAAACGUAGUUCGAAACUGUUUUGUUUAGUUGCUUGUCGUAAUUCUUGGGAAGAACGGUCGUAACCAUGUUGCAGUCUAUAUUUGACGAUGUGCGGCGAAUGAAUAAACGGCAGUUUCUGUAUCAAGGACUAAGUUUUGGCAUGAUCGUUUCCUCUGCCUUGAUGAUAUGGAAAGGUUUGAUGGUCGUAACAGGCAGCGAAAGCCCUAUCGUGGUAGUUCUCAGUGGUAGUAUGGAGCCAGCAUUUCACAGGGGGGAUUUAUUAUUUUUAACCAAUUACCAAGAUGAACCAGUCAGGGUAGGAGAAAUUGUUGUCUUUAAAGUUGAGGGUAGGGAUAUUCCAAUUGUACACAGAGUACUUAAGCUACAUGAAAAGGGUGAUCAAAAUAAUACUGUUAAAUUUCUGACGAAAGGUGAUAAUAACUCUGUUGAUGAUAGAGGUUUAUAUGCAGCAGGUCAGUUAUGGCUAACACAUACAGAUGUUGUUGGUAAAGCAAGGGGCUUUUUGCCUUACGUGGGAAUGGUUACUAUAUACAUGAAUGAGUACCCCAAAUUUAAAUAUGCAGUAUUAAUAUGUUUGGGGUUGUAUAUUUUCAUACACAGGGAAUAAGUAUAUUUCGUAUAGGAAAUUGUAUGAAAUAGACUGCCAUUGAACAUCUAUCGAAAGAAAAAUGCAUUGUAAAAUUAAAUGCUAAUUGAUUAUUCAAAUACACACAUGGAGCUAUGUACAAUG